UUUUUUAUCUAUUUGUAUAAAGCGUUAUACUCCAUCAUCUUAUCUAUAACCAGUUAUCUUAUUGUCUGACAUAGUGAAGAGCAUAGAUAGAUAGACAUGAGUGCUGCUUCUCUCAUUCCUGUAUCAUGGUUACCCUCACUCGCUUCACCUUUCAAGGGAAAUGUGAAAACUUUGUUGGCAAAACCAUGUUUAUGUCCAUGUCUCAAGAUUCAGAGACCAAAAUACCGUGUUUCUGUAGUUAACAAGAAGGAUUCUGCUUAUGUCAAGCCCGACGGUGAGAAUGUUAGGUUUAGGUUGGAUAAUUUGGGUCCUCAGCCUGGUUCCAGAAAGAGAGCCAAGAGAAAGGGAAGAGGUAUUGCUGCGGGACAAGGAGCGAGUUGUGGGUUUGGAAUGAGGGGUCAGAAGUCGAGAUCUGGACCCGGGAUUAUGAGGGGUUUUGAAGGUGGUCAAAUGCCGCUUUAUAGAAGAUUGCCUAAACUUAGAGGAAUUGCUGGAGGUAUGCGUGCGGGAUUGCCAAAAUAUGUCAAUGUAAAUCUUACGGACAUUGAAAAUGCUGGAUUUCAAGAUGGAGAUGAGGUGUCUUUGGAGACACUGAAGGAGAAACGUGUGAUCAACCCUUCAGGAAGAGAACGGAAACUUCCUCUGAAGAUUUUGGCUGAUGGAGAACUAAGCAAGAAGUUGACAAUAAAAGCUUGUGCCUUUUCCACAUCUGCAAAGGAGAAACUCGAGUCUGCUGGUUGUUCCCUCAUCGUGCUUCCCGGCCGUAAGAAAUGGGUUAAGCCAUCCGUUGCCAAAAACACUGCACGUGCCGAUGAAUACUUUGCCAAGAAGCGCGGUGAAACUGCUUCUGAACCAGCCCCUGUUUGAAUAUAAAACACUUAUGCAUCAGCAUCAUCAAUCAUCAUCAGCAAAGUGGUUUCUUCUUUAGGAAAGGUUGCUUCAUUUAGUUAUUUAUGUUAAGUUAAUGUAUUGAAGUUUUUCUGAUUUUGGUUCUAAGCAAAAUUUAAUGUUGUA